GGGGGGGGGGGGGGGGGGGGGGUGACGAUAGGCCCAGCCAGAGGCCCACACCGCGGUAGUUGGGACCUAAGCCACCCCCUUUUUUCCUGGUGUAUAAGACCCUGGCCAGUGCACGUUAUGAACCUACACAUCGAGGUGCAAGUUUUCUCCGUGUCAGCCACCUGCGUUCUCUCCUGCCAGCAGGUCGUCCAAUGUUCCCAACAGCUUGGAUUUGAAUACUAGAUUCUCUCAUAUCUGGUUGUUUUUGUUUUUACAUCGCCAGCGUCAUCCGUUUCGGCAACUCAGAGUCCAACCUCAGCAUAGUUCGCUCUCUCAGCCCACCGAAGCCUCCCUCCGUGGCAGAAUCAGCGGCCAGCGAGUCGACCAGUGCUCAGCAACCGCAGCCUCCCGUCCUCCCGCCUCUUCAUUUAAGUCUCUCCUCCCACCAGCCCUUCUCGCACCACCGACGAGGACCUGAUCGCCUGCGCGGCAGCAGUAUCAGCAGUCUGAGUGCAUCCUCCUCUUCUUCGUCACCCUCCUCGUCGCCUUCCACCUCCUCGGGCACCACCAGUGGUCUAAACUCCUCUGACGGUGUUCAUCGGCUGGCCACUGGGCCCCGUCAACCGCCAAUUCUCCCACCGCCCAGUCUCGACCGCCUGCCGACUCGUCAGGAUUUGCCGGCGUCGUUGCGUGGCAGUGGUGGCGGUGGUGAUGAGCAACCUCUGCCACCGCCACCGCAGCUGGAAGCCUGUGCCUCUGCCGCUGCUGAACCGCUUCACGAUUUGGAGCAGUCAUCAGCUCUGCCCUCGCUCCCGCCUCUGCUGCCCCUCCUGCAGUCUUCUUCGACCACUGCUGCUGCUCCAGGCACUAAACCCGGCGAUGGUGAGUUAUGGCCAGCCUGUCGUUUCGGAUUCCUGCUCGGACACAUCAUUAGAGUCAAAAGCCCCCGUAUCUGCUUUUAUCUCUGAUGAUGUGUCCGAGCAGGAAUCCGAAACGACAGGCUAAUAAAGCUCUUGUCCCAGCGAUCGUGUCUCCUUCUUCAAGCGAAGGGAAUUUCAAACAAUAGGAACUGCGAAUAAUAAGUGAUGUGUACGGUAACAGUGAAUUUUCGUAUAUAUUUUGGGGGUCCUACACCCUACCGCUACCGUCAGUGGUGUUUGCGGGUGCAAUCCCCCCGGCAGUCCUUUCACGUGACUGGCGUCCGGGGCCCCAUUGAAGCACACGCGCACUUAGGCAUGAAUUUUACGCGCCGCGUCGCGCUAGUUCAGUCGUGUUCAUACGCACGCAUGCGGACCUUGAUUUCGCGCGUUGGCUGGAGCCGACUGAGAUUUACUCAGGAAUGGGCGCCCACCGAUCCAUUGCCUUCCCGAAGCAAACAAGCUUCGUAUGGGCGAUAGGGGUCACGAACAGGCAACCACCUACCAGUCCGAAGUCGGCCAAGCUAUGAUAGCAGAGGGUCUGGCAGGUGGUUGCCUGUUCGUGAGCCCUAUCGCCCAUACGAAGCUUGUUUGCUUCGGGAAGCCAAUGGAUCGGUGUGCGCCCAUUCCUGAAUGAAUAAAUCUCCGAUCUGCAGCGACAGAGAAUGGCAGGUGGCGAGGCGCUGAUGAACUUCGGUUCGACGAAGUGCUUAUUACCCAUCUGGUAGACCCCAGUGGUGGACCAGCUGCGCCAGGUGCGUCUGUGCGCAUGUUCGUGUUUCCGGUCCCAGCUGGUGGUCAGGGUUAUGAUUGGCCCAAUGAAGGCAAACAAGCCCGAAAUAGUGCUGUAUCAAUCUACCUCCUCCUCCCCCCCCCCCAGACCCUGUCGUCUCCCCUCUGCUACCGACUGAGAUGGACGGCCGGUGCAUGCAGGCGUGCGCAUGCAAACGCGCAAAAUUCGUGGGCGUAAACACCGGCGGGGGUGUGGCAGUACUCGCACAGGCCAUGCCCCCUCAGCCAAUCAGAUCACUAGCCACACGCGCACCAAAAUUUGAGCUUCUAGCAUGCGGUUAUUUGACAGUUGAUCUUCGCUGAUAGCCGUUUCAGCAUCCGCUACCUGUGGACGCGCCCACUAGCAUCAAGCUGCCAGGCGCUAGCAGGCAGGUUUAUUCCCACCGUUCUAGAUCCAGUGGGCCACACAGGCGAAUUGAAUUCCCUCAUCGUAUGUUAGUGCAUCCCAGAUGACCUCAUGAAUACUCGGGUUUGGCAGCCCGAUUUCAGCGUCUGUGACUCUUCACCCUGGCCCCCUGAUAACGCUGCUGAUGUCUUGCUUUCGGUCCUGUGAACAGAACCCAGAUCGCCUACCACUCGUUCGCACUCCCGACACUCUUCAAAACACCGACGGUCCAGCAGACACAAGGCCUCCACUUCACACAAAUCGCAAAAGGAGUCCCCCGCCGCUGCUAAUAGCGGUAGCAGGACCUUAUCACCGCUUCCGCCACCGCCAGUUCUGGAUGUUAUCCCCCCGCCGACCAGCACCAGUACAGCCGGCAAUUUUCAGAGACCCACAGGGCGCCGUGCUCGUGUGGACUCCGUCUUCACCGAUGAUGAUGAUGACGACGAUGAGAUGGCGGAGGAGGAGGAAGAGGACGAAUUUGAGUCCAAGACCUCCGGGCAGACGAAGCCUGCGCGUUCAGUUUCCUCAUCUCUGUCCUCUAGCAAGAAACAUGGCACUUCACGAAAGGCCUCAACGACGGAUGUCAGUCCGGCCUCCAGUCGAUCAACCGAUCGUGGACGCUCUAAGAAGUCGACCCUGCCCCCUUCACCGUCGAGACCGCCUCAACAAACGGUGUCCAAUGCCAGUACUACGCAAGUAAUGUCAUCAUCGGCGGGUACUUCGUACUACUUUGUAAGCUCCGUUUUUUUGUCUUUCAACUUUAUUGCUUCUAAUGCCCUUGACUAUACGCACUCAUCUAAACGAAAGGGUUUCCAGUUCACCCUCCCCCAGCGUCUACAACAAUUCUUUGAUUUCUUGAUUUGA